CAGGGAGAUGAACAUGUGGAGUCGGGAACCUUGAAUUCUUGUCCUGGUUCUAUCCACACUGGCUGUGUGGCUUUCAGGAAGUCCCUUGUCUUCUUGGUGCUUUAGCUUCCCUGUGAAUAAAAUGGGUAAGUGCUUUCUGACUGGUAGGCUCUUGUCCAAUUCUUCCUUCCUGUCCUCCAGCAGGCUCUCCCUGGAGGCCCAGACCCCUCUGCUCCCCAUGGGCAGCUGCCAGGCAGGACACAACCUGCAUCUCUGUCUGGCCCACCACCCACCUCUGGCCUGUGCCGCUUUGAUCCUGCUGCUUCUUGGCCUUUCUGGCCUGGGCCUUGGCGGCUUCCUCCUCACCCACAGGACUGGCCUGCGCAGCCCUGACAUCCCUCAGGACUGGGUCUCCUUCUUGAGAUCUUUUGGGCAGGUGACCCUGUGCCCCGUGAAUGAGACAGUCACAGGGAAGUGGCAUGGGUCUCACGUCGUGGGCUUACUGACCACCUUGAACUUUGGAGAUGGUCCGGACAAGAACAAGACCCAGGCAUUCCAAGCUCAGGUCCUGGGUAGUGAGAUGGGAUUGAAAGGAUCUUCUGCAAGAGAGGCAGUCCUCAUUACAGCCAGGGUGACCACAGAAAGGACCCCAGGAACCUGCCUGUAUUUUAGUGCUGCUCCAGGAAUCCUGCCCUCCAGCCAGCCACCCAUAUCCUGCUCAGAGGAGGGAGCAGGAAAUGCCACCCUGAGCCGUAGGAUGGCUGAGGAGUGUGUCAGGGUCUGGAGCCAGGAAGGCCUUGCGCUCACCAAGCUGCUCACCUCGGAGGAGCUGGCUCUGUGUGGCUCCAGGCUGCUGGUCUUGGGCUCCUUCCUGCUUCUCUUCUGUGGCCUUCUCUGUUGUCUCACUGCUGUGUGCUUCCACCCCCGCCGGGAGUCCCACUGGUCUAGAACCCGGCUCUGAGGGCACUGGCCUAGUUCCUGUCUUGUUCUCAGGUGUGAAUCAACUUCUUGGGCCUUGGUUCUGAGUUGGAAGAGAUGUUACAAAGAGUGGGGAGCUGGAAUGUGGGGGAAAAUAAAAGGCUUUUUUGCCCAAUG